AUGUUAUCGUUCUUUAAGAAAGAAACCAAGACACUUUGUGAUUAUUCCUAUGAAUAUAGUUUUAUUACUUAUGGAGAUUCAACUGAAAUAAAUAAACAACAAACAGGAGCAAAUGACUCAGGAAAUGUUGAUUCAUUUUGUUAUUUUUCAUUUAAUAAAGAAAAGUAUUUUCUAGUUGGGGAUCAUUCAGGAAGGAUUAUUUUAUUUAAUUAUAUGACUGGUGUUGAAAUUAAAUCAAUUACUAUGAAAUCACGAGCUACUGGAAUGCUUAGAGUUAAAAAGUUCUUAUUGUUUUUGAGAGAGUUAAUUGAGGAAAAACAAAAUAAUAUUGAACGUAUAGCAAAAGAGAAAUUAAGUUAUGGAAUUGUUUCAUUUAAAGAGAAAGGAGGAAUGACUAAUGCAUCUCCUAUUAUCAAAGAUAAUACUAUUAUUGAUAAUUAUGAUGCUUCAGACAAAAACAAAGAAGAAAAAAGAGAAGAAGAAAAUGAAGAAGAAAAUAAAUUAAAGAAAGAAGUAGAAGAAAUAAAACAUAUAUUUACUGAAAUACAAAGCAGUAUUAAAAAUGUUAAUAAUGAAAAUGAAAAAGAAAUAUUAGAAUUAUCAGAAAAAUAUAUUUGUGAACUUAAAGAGAAAUAUCAAAUUAAUUGUGAAAAUGAAAUGAUUUCAAAAGGAACUAUUGGAGAUAUUCAAUUUUUUAAUGGAAUAAUUGUUAUUGCAUUUAAAAAAGAAAUUUAUAGAAUCUCUUUAACUAAUUUUAUUCAAUUAAAAGAUAAUGAACUUUUAAUUGAAGAAGGAACACAUACAAACCAUGACGGUAUUAUUAAAAAAAUUUAUAUUCUUAAUGACAUUAUUAUUACUAUUGCCAAUGAUAAAAAAAUAGCAUUCUGGAAUACUACUAAUAAUAUCCCAUUAUAUAUAAUGGAAAGAGAAUCUGAUGAUUAUUAUAAAACAUCACUUCUAACUGAAGAUGGAAUAUUAUUUAUCAGUAGAACAAAUGAUAUUUAUGUGUAUCAAAUUAACACUGAACAACCAUCUUCUUCAAAAUUUAUUAAAAAGUUAGAAAAAGAAGGAAGUUCACCCCAUAUAGAUGAUGUAGAUCUUAUUGAAAUGGCUAAUAAUAAGUUAAUUACUGUAUCUUGUGAUGGAAUUGUUGCUAUUUGGGAACCUUCUCAUUUUAAUUUACUUCAAGUUAUGGGAUUACAAGUUCAAUCUACAGAACAAAAGAAACCUUUAUUUAAUAUUAAUUCCUUGUUAUCAUUCUCAAAGGAUAAUACUGUGACAUACUAUUUUGCUUAUGGUGGAUGGAUUGUUCAAAUGGAAGAAAAGAAUGACCAACUCAUUGAUGUAUCACCUAAAAGAAUAGACAACGUCUUUGCUUUGCCUUAUGGAAGAUAUAACGUUGAUGUCACUCAACUAAUCAAUGUUACUGGUUCUACUAUUUUAGCUAUUACAGCAGAAAGUGGCACAAUUUAUAUUCUUGAAAAUGUUAAAGAAAAAAAACAUGAUGUUCUUAAAUUCGUAGAAACCAGAAAAUUAAAUAGUAAAAUCACUGCUGUUCAUAUGCUUGAUGAUGAAGAUGGCUCAUUUAUUAUAACAACUAACGACGGAACAGUAUUAAUGUUGAAAGACUCUAUGAAGGAAAUGAAAAGAAGACAAGCAUUAUUUAUGAAUGAAAUGCAAGGAUUCUAA